AAAGUGGCCUGACUUUGGGUAAUAGAAAUUUAGAAGAAAUUUUUGAAAAUUUUAAAAAAUCGAAAACUUUAUCUUUUAAAGAAAGCCGACUUGCUUAACUCAAAGAUGAGAAGCUGAGAAGAGGAAUGAAUUCUUCGUUUAUGUUGAGACGCUUCUUCUGCUUCAAUGCAUCAUCUUCAUCAGCAACAACAGCUCGUGCUUCUUCUGCUUCCAAGAAAAAGCCUCUAGUCUUCUUGGGCUCUCCUCAGGUCUCUACUACUGUACUUGACGCUCUUUUCAACGCUUCUUCAUCACCCACGUCCUCUUUUGAGGUUGCAGCUAUUGUUACCCAGCCACCAUCUAGAAGAUAUAGAGGUAGAAAGGUUCUGCCUUCUCCAGUAGCGGAGUUUGCUCUUGAGAGAGGCUUUUCUUCUGACCUCAUUUUCACACCUGAACGGGCUGGAGAGGAUGCGUUCCUGACCAGUUUAAGAGCUUUGCAGCCCGAACUUUGCAUUACAGCAGCAUAUGGGAAUAUUUUACCCAGCAAAUUCCUCAAUAUUCCACCAUUGGGAACAGUAAACAUACACCCUAGUCUGCUGCCACUGUACCGUGGUGCUGCUCCUGUUCAAAGAGCAUUGCAGGAUGGAGCUAAAGAAACAGGAGUAUCGUUAGCUUUUACUGUGCGUGCACUUGAUGCUGGUCCUAUCAUUGCUUGUGAAAGAAUGGAAGUUGAUGAUCAAAUUAAGGCACCGGAUUUAUUAGCAUUAUUAUUUUCUGAAGGAUCCAAACUUCUGAUUCGUGAACUUCCCCAUAUAUUGGACGGCUCAGCAAAGCUGAAAGCACAGGCCCAAGAUGAUUCUAAAGCCACCUUGGCACCAAAGAUAACAUCUGAAGAGUCGUGGCUAUCCUUUGAUCAAGAAGCUUCAAUCCUUCAUAAUAAGGUUCGUGCAUUUGCAGGAUGGCCAGGAACCCGAGCAAAAGUAGCAGUUGUUGAUGACAGAAACAGUGAGCAAAAUAUCAUAGAACUCAAGAUUAUCACUACAAGAGUCUGUGCUCAUAGCAAUUUUAAGGCCAAAGAAGUAGAUAGCAUCACUUUCAGAAAGGGUGUGCUGGUCAUUCCAUGUGGAGGGUGCACAUCUCUCGAGGUGCAUGUCAUGCCAUUUCUAGUAACUAUCUAAUUUUGCCAUAAAUGCAUUGUUGGGGUAUUGGAAGUUCAGCUUCCUGGUAAGAAGGUGGUAAAUGCCACGGCAUUUUGGAAUGGUUUGCGAGGUCAAAAACUGAAGAUAUUAAAGCAGAGCUGCCAGCAGAAUGCAAUUUAAAAGUAAAGUAGAGAUUCAGGCUAAGCAAAGUGUCAUUUUUAUUCUUUCACUAUUGAUUCUUUCUUUUCAUGGAUUCGUUUAUUGGUCUAAAUAUAUUCCAUGUAAUCAUGAAUUUUUGCAGCAAUUAAUCUUCCAAAAUUUUUAAUUACAA